UGGAACAUUUUUCCUUUACAGCAUCGAGUUGUACAAACUUCAGUAGUGGUUAAUAUUUAAGGAUUUAACAUUAAUUUUGUUUUAUUUGAGUAACAUUGUAGGGAUUUUGUAACCUUGGUGUGGGGGUUGGGCACAUGUGGUUAGGUAACCAUUUGUCUGAUUGUUGUUGAAUCAGUAGUUUCGGUCGUUUUUAAAUAAUUUUGGAUUUAGGAUUUAACAACUGAGGUCAUUUUAAUGCUGUUAGUGUUGGUUUAAUCAAUCCUUUAACUCUCAAAUGUCAUGUGUGGUAUUUGUAUUUUCACAGCCUUAUAAGACACAUUUCCUUUGUGACUUCCUUUAUCUUUAGGUUGUAAUCUACUGUGAUCGUUUAGUUAUUGGACUGCGCAAAAGCAGCCUUCGAGUAAAAGUAGUCUUGAGGUCAGGGAAGGAAAAUGCUGUGUCAUUCACUGGAUAGUUGGUUCUUGUGACCCUGCUAGGUGUGGUCUUUAUUGUUCACUGUGACAGUUAUGUUCGGUUAAGCGAACGGGAACUGUAGCCUCACCGAAGUACAUUUCAGUCAAAGCUUGUAUUUUAUAUUUUUGUACAACUUACCUCUUUGUGAGCCAAGGCCUUGUUUUACUGUGUUCUCAUUGUGCAUUUUUUCAGCAGAUAAUGAAGGCUACUUGUCCCAGUUGUGUUCGUAAUUGAAAUAGGUUGUAUUUUUCAUGUUUUGCUUAGUGUUUUACCUUAAUAACUUGAAAUAAUUCAGUUAUACUCUGUCGACGUACUUAAAAAUGGCGACCGUGCGCCUCUUUCGAAAGACAGAAAUGCGGAUGUUUUCUGGUAAGCAGAAAGCACCGGGAGAGGCUCAUGGCUCCUGUGGGGUACGCGUGACCGGGUGAAUCGACCAAUAGCCUUCUUGUUAUUCAUCCUAGAAGCCCGCGUUUUAGCCGUAUUGACCAAUCAUUGCCGCCGCUUUGCACACGUUGACGUAAUGUAAUAUUACAAAGAGGAGGGUGUUGUCGGUGCUCUUUCAUUUUCUGCUGGAUUAUGUGGAGGAGCCAGUUACAGACAACAUAUCUUUAAUGCUGACUAGGCUGAGCCAAUAGUAUUUUGUAAAUUCUUUGACGGACAGCAAAAAUUUGCGACUAGGUUGGCCCAAAAGAUUGUCGGGGAAGCUUCGGUAUUUAGGGGUGUGGUGACUUUGAUGGACUUAAUAAACAACGAAUAGAACCUUUGGGGGCGUGAACAUUCGCGAUGUCGUCUAUCCAAUAGAGUGAGUGGUUAAUGUAUAAAAAGAACGGGUGUAGUCGCAUCGUCGCCAUUUCAACGAAGCAGAUUGAAAGGAGUUUUGUGUGGAGUAGAGCGGAGGGAACUGACGGAAAGAGACGGGUCCUGGUUUGAGACUAGCUAAAGACAGAAUCCGGAUCCAUCCUGAUGGAUAUGGCUGUUAACCCGCCCUUUGACAGCUCCCAUCUUGGGGUUGAGGUUGGUAUCAUGGGAGUCACAGCUAUGGACCAGAGUUCUGGCACAGCCGGAAAACGCAUUCGAAAACCUUCACUGCUCUACGAGGGGUUCGAGAGUCCCGGGAUGCCCCCCCUCACUCAGAUGGUCCCUUCAGGGCCCCCACAGCCCCCAGUCAGAGACCCCAGCCGACAAGGCAGGAUGACCAACCAGCUUCAGUUCCUGCAGAAAGUCCUGCUCAAGUCUUUGUGGAGACACCACUUCGCCUGGCCCUUCCAUGAACCUGUAGACGCCGUCAAGCUCAACCUGCCUGACUAUCAUAAGAUCAUCAAAAAUCCCAUGGACAUGGGCACUAUCAAGAAGAGAUUAGAAAACAACUACUACCGCAGUGCCAGUGAGUGCAUGCAGGACUUCAACACCAUGUUUACCAACUGCUACAUUUAUAACAAGCCUACAGAUGACAUCGUGCUGAUGGCUCAGUCUCUGGAGAAGGCGUUCCUGCAGAAAGUGGCUCAGAUGCCCCAGGAGGAGGUAGAGCUCCCGCCUCCUCCUCCGCGGAGCAAAGCAGCAAAACUUGUCAAAAAAGGCAGAAGUAAUGCAGUCUCUGGGGGAGUGACAACAGCUCAUCAGGUCCCAGCUGUCUCCCAGUCAGUGUACUCACCUCCCACCCCGGAAACACCUGACUCCAUCCUCUCUACCCCCCCACAGACAUUUGUGACCAAGAGCCUGCCUCCUACCCUUUCACUGGAGCAGAGCAUCCCCACCAUUGCGGCUCUGCCUCCCACACAGCCCACUGCUAAGAAAAAAGGUGUGAAGAGGAAAGCAGACACCACCACCCCAAGCACUGUAGCCAUGCCCAUCAUGAGCACCAUGGGUGUCAGCGGCAUCAGCCUGGGGAUGGGCAGUGGGCAUGACUCGCCUCUCACCCUCACUUCUCUGGGGGUGGACCACAGCUCCAGCCUCGGGAUGAACCAAGCCAUGGCAAUGGGUUUGGGCAUGGGGAUGGGAAUGGGGAUGGGUAUGGGACGAGGAACAGUAAUGAUGGGUACCAAAGCAGUGGCAGCGAGCCGAAGAGGAGUGAGCGGGCGGCCCAUCAAACCUCCUAACAAGGAUUUACCAGACUCCAUGCAGCCAACCCCAGUGCGCCGCAGCAAGCUGAGCCCCCAGCUGCGCUACUGCAGCGGGGUCCUGAAGGAACUGCUGUCAAAGAAGCAUGCCGCAUACGCCUGGCCUUUCUACAAGCCCGUCGACGCCACUUCACUUGGUCUUCACGACUACCAUGACAUCAUCAAGCAGCCCAUGGACCUCAGCACCAUCAAGCGGAAGAUGGACAGCAGAGAGUAUCGUGAUGCCCAGCAGUUCUCGGCUGAUGUGAGGCUCAUGUUCUCCAACUGCUACAAGUACAACCCCCCUGAUCAUGAUGUGGUGGCCAUGGCCAGAAAACUCCAGGAUGUGUUUGAGUUCUGCUUUGCCAAGAUGCCAGACGAGCCCCCGGCACCACCUAGCUCCUCCUCUUCCUCCUCCUCCUCUUCCUCCUCAUCUGAGAGUGAGCUCAGCAGUGAAAGUGAGGAAAGUGAGAGCAGCCCCAGCUCAGACUCGGAGGAGGAGAGAGCAAACCGACUGGCAGAGCUGCAGGAGCAGCUCAAAGCAGUUCAUGAGCAGCUCACCGCACUCUCACAGGGCCCCAUUGUCAAACCCAAGAAAAAGAAGGAGAAGAAGGACAAGAAAAAGAAGAAAAAGGUAGAAAAAGAGAAGCAUCGGAGGAUGGAGGAAGAGCUGGUGCCUAUUAGGCCGGCAAAGACUCCCAAACUCAACAAGAUUCCAAAACCCAAGAGCAACCGAGGAAUAGGCUGUCCUGUGAUCCCUGUGAAGAAGGCCCCGAGCAAGAAAACCACCAAAAGCAAAGCCAAAAAGGGCGGCAUGAUGUUCAAUAUGCCUCAGCCGCUCCAUGAUCCCAUAGUGAGUCACUAUGACUCAGACGAAGAGGAGGAGACAGCCCCUAUGUCGUAUGAUGAGAAGCGUCAGCUCAGUCUGGACAUUAACAAGCUGCCUGGUGAGAAGUUGGGUCGCGUUGUUUACAUCAUCCAGUCCCGUGAGCCCUCGCUCCGAGACACUAACCCUGAGGAGAUCGAGAUAGACUUCGAGACACUGAAGCCAUCGACGCUGCGGGAGCUGGAGCGAUACGUCAUGACGUGUCUGAGGAAGAAGCCUCGAAAGCCAUACGCAAGUAAAAAGAACAGUGCUGGAAAGUCUCGUGAAGAGCUCGCCCUGGAGAAACAGAUGGAGCUGGAGAGGAGGCUGAUGGACGUCAGUGGUCAGCUCAACUCUGGGAAGAAGCCUCCGAAGACCAAACCAGAGAAGCCUGCAGCUGAGACUCACACCCAGCCUUCACGUCUCAGCGCCAGCAGCUCCUCCUCAGACUCCUCUUCAUCAUCCUCGUCAUCGUCGUCCUCAGACACAAGCGACUCAGACUCCGGCUGAGAGGCCAAGGCUUUCUGUGGGUGUUUCUCUUCCCACCGAGUGGACUGAACUGAAGUAGAGCUACUGACCUCGGAGCCGCGGGGCGGAUCAGACGAGACCAGGCAGAACCGGUCUGACACCAGGACAGAGAGAUGGGGCUUUUCCCUGCGCUCGGCUCACUCGUCUGGUCCUGUCCUGGGCACAGAACACAGGAUGGAGGGAGGAGGUGACUUGUCUCUGAAGAACUGGCCUGGUUGGGUGGAGCAAGGGACGCUCCAUAUCCUGCACAUAAAGGAGAAGAGCGCAUAUGCGGUGGAGGGGUUAGGGUGCUAGAGCCAGAAUCUCUCUUUGUUUCUGGAGAUAAUUUCCCUUCUCACCGUGUUCCCUGUCAUUAUGCUGUAGAGAUCAGAUGUACAGUUCUAUAAAUAUCUAUUUUCUUUUAUAAAGAAGCAUUUUAUGGAGCUAAUUUAUUCCCUCAUUCUGGGAAAGACAAAGUGGUGUAACAGGUGGAGAUGAGUUUUAGUUUUUGUUUAGGGUUUUUUUUUUGUUUUUUUUGUUUUUUUUUCCUUGAGUGACAAAUAGGGGAAAAGUUUGUGUGUGUGUGUGUGUGUGUGUAUGAAUGUGUCGUGUCUGUGUUUGCAUGCGAGUGUGAGAUCCGGCACCAUAAGUGCAGCCCUGUGAAGUUCCGGAGUUUUGAAGCAGGCGUUAAUAUCAGUCUGCACUCAGAAGCACCUUGGUUGAGUAGAAUACAGAAUGCAUGCAUUACAGAGGAGCCGGCUCAUGUACUACUUUACUGCAUCCUUGUGUACUCAUGUACUUGUCUGAAGUGGUUGGCCACUGUACAGAAAUGUGACAUAGUUAAACAUCACUUUGUAUGGAAAUGUUUCUGCUCCCAUGUCGGCCGUCUCUUUCAUCCCUUCUCAACGUCUCUGUAAACAUGUUGCUUUUUUCUUUCUUCGUGACCAAUCUGCUAAUAAAUUGUGAGGAUGUGUCCACUCACCUGUGCCCCAAUAACAUCCUGGUUCUCUGGAUUUCUUUUGGUUUAGUCACACAUCUGGCUACACUUCAGUAUUUCACUUGGUAAGAAAAGGUUUUUGAUGUUCUAUUCAAGCAGAUGAAGCACUUUGGGUUCGAUUCCCAUGAUCCAUCACUUAUGGUGUCACAUUAGGAAAAACUCUUUAAAACACUUUGGCCUUUAAGUUCUGUGGCAGCUGAAGGUUUGAGUUUGUGUUAACAUAGUUUUGCUGAAGAAUAAGUUUACUUAUGUGUGUGUGAUUAAGAACAUCAGUAUUAUGUUUGGGAAGUUCUACCAGUAACUGGAGACUUGGUGAGUUUCUCUCCUGCAGCCACUUCAGCAGGUAAAACUCACUGAGAUUUGGGAUCCAGUUGACGACAAAAUAAGGUUUAAAGUUGUGAGUAAUAAUGAUGCACUGUUUGUUUUGGUGGUACUACUAAACGAGUUUGAGGUGUGAACCCGUUAGUUUCUUUUUAAAACGCUUAUGGUUUGAGAUUGGAGUUUGUAUGUUUAUUUAUUUAGGAGGAAUUUGAAAGGUGAGUUGUUUUUUUCAUAAUACUGAAAGUAAUCAAAAGCUUUUCAGAAGAAUGCUCAGAAUAACUGUCAGGAUUGUAGACAUGUACAUAUUUUACAGUCCCAACCUUUGAACAUGUUUCUUCAGUAACUUAGUCAAGAUUUUUCUUUGUCCAGAGAUUUGUUUAUGGUUUUUGUUCUGAAACAAAACACUCCACAUUUGUCAGUCUUACUUUACUGAAAUUUGACAGAAACCUAAAAACCUCUGUACUUGACUCCAUCAUUACAUCUGUACAUAAAUAAACUGAGACAUGUUCAUCCUC